AAGAAAAUAGAGGAAGAAGAUGAAGUCUACAAAUGACAACAACAAUGGCAACAAUAGUCAUAAUAACAACUGGUUGGGUUUCUCUCUCUCACCCUACAUGAAAAUGGAGGUUUCUUCAAACCCUCAUCAUCAGUACAAUCAUCAUCAUCAUCAACCUCAGCUAGUUCUUCCUUCUGGCUUCUAUCUCUCCCCUUCUUCACACCUCAACAGCUCUGCAAUCUGUUAUGGGGUUGGAGAAAAUGGUGGCUUUCACUCACCCUUGUCUGUAAUGCCUCUCAAGUCAGAUGGAUCUCUCUGUAUCAUGGAAGCUCUCAGUAGAUCACAACCACCACCACCACCACAAGGGAUGGUGCCAAACUCUUCCCCUAAACUUGAGGACUUUCUUGGUGGUGCAACAAUGGCAGCCCACCACCAAUACAGUACCAAUGAGAGAGAAGCAGUGGCUCUAAGCUUAGACAGCAUGUACUACCACCACCAAAAUGCUGAUCAACAAACCAAUAGGCAACAACAACAGCAAAAGAUGGAUGAAGUUCAACAACACCAGCAUUAUUACAAUGGACUCUCAUGCAAUGAUGGGUUGUACCAACAGACACCAUUGGAGGAGCAGAGAGAAGAAGAAACCAGGGAGACCCAAUUUGCAGACUCAGAUAAUACCCAGAUCAGUGCUUGCCUGAAAAAUUGGAUUGUGGUGGAGGAUUGUGGUGGCGCGUGUGGGUCAGGUGGUGGUGCAGUGGGUGGUUGUGAUCUACUGAGAGCUUCCAUGAUACAGAGAGAUCCAUCUGACUUGAGAGGCAUUACAGACAAGGGUGAGUGAAAGCCACCAUUUUCUCCAACCCCAUAACAGAUUGCAGCGCUGUUGAGGUGUGAAGAAGAUCAAGCUCUUCGCCACCUGCUUCGUCCUUUCCGGCCAGCGUACAUCUUGAGAAACUAUACUCGAAGCAUACAUAUUGAUACACAUUCACACACCCAAGACGGACACCCAGCAGAUGCAUACACGCUGAACACAUACACACACAAGCUCCACCUCCCUCCCUCUCGGCAUGCACAACACCACCACCACUACCAUGCAUACACACACACC